GCUACAUCAUUGCGGAAACGUCCACUUCUGUUCUGCAAGUAGGCUCGAGCCUAUAAUGUGACGCGAGAGAGAGAGGGGUGUGUUGCAACAAGAUAAUCUUGACUGUCACUUUACAUUAUUGAGCUGUGGAGUUUGCAUGGAUGACACCGGUUUGGUACUUUGUCAUGUUUAAAUACCUGUAGUCUAUAGGGUCCGUAGGCUAUCGAGUUUGACCGUUUCUCCUGUGUGCCAAUGACCAAUUGCCAAAUGGUUUCUUCAGAUUUCACUGCAGACGAGAGGUUGGAGAUCGAGAGCAUGAAGAUGCAUAAGAAAGACCUGCUUGAGGACAUCCAGAAGCUAAAGAUGGAGAUUGACAAAGUCAUGGCGGAAGUUCAAGACUUUGAGUCUACAGAGGAGAACAAAGUCCUUGAGAAAGGAAAGCAGUUCUCAAGCGGGAAGAAGAAAUUCAACAUGGACCCUAAAAAGGGUAUAAACUACCUGGUAGAGAACAAGCUUCUGGAGAGGAACCCUCAGCCAAUAGCAGAGUUCCUUUACAAGGAGGAGGGGCUCAAUAAGACUGCUAUUGGAGACUACCUGGGAGAGAGAGAAGACCUCCACCUCCAGACACUGAAAGCCUUUGUGGACCUCCAUGAGUUCUCAGACCUCAACCUGGUACAGGCACUGAGGCAGUUCCUGUGGAGUUUCCGUCUGCCCGGCGAGGCUCAGAAGAUUGACCGCAUGAUGGAGACCUUCGCCACACGCUACUGUGACUGUAACACUGAAGUCUUUCAGUCUACAGACACCUGCUACAUCCUGUCAUUUGCCAUCAUCAUGUUGAACACCAGCCUCCACAACCCCAACGUGAAGGACAAGACCCCUAUAGAGAGAUUCAUCUCUAUGAACAGAGGCAUCAACAACGGAGGGGACCUGCCCAAUGAGCUGCUCACGAAACUAUACGACAGCAUCAGGAACGAGCCCUUUAAAAUCCCAGAGGAUGAUGGGAACGACCUGACUCACACCUUCUUCAACCCCGACAGGGAGGGAUGGCUCCUCAAACUAGGAGGCAGAGUGAAGACGUGGAAGAGGAGAUGGUUCAUCCUGACUGACAACUGCCUCUACUAUUUUGAGUACACCACUGACAAGGAGCCCAGAGGCAUCAUCCCUCUGGAGAACCUGUGUGUGAGAGAGGUGGUGUAUGCACGCAAACCGUACUGUCUGGAGCUGUAUAACCCCAACAGCAGGGGUCAGAAGAUCAAGGCGUGUAAGACAGAGACAGACGGCAGAGUGGUGGAGGGGAAACACCAGUCGUACAUGAUCUGUGCUUCUACCGCCGAGGAACGAGACACAUGGAUAGAGAGCAUCAGAGCCAGCAUCACCAAGGACCCCUUCUAUGACCUGGUGUCGGUGCGUAAGAAGAAAGUGAUCAACCAGGCUCCCCAAGACUGAGACAGGACAGCACCCCCUGUGGAUCAAUCACAGUACUGCAUCACAGAGGGAGAUGGAACCCCUACAGCAAAUAGUUCAAUCAAUAGACUUUGGUUCAGGUUCAGUGGAACUGACUAAGCAUUGGGAACCUGGACACUUUCAACAGUGAGAAUGAGGACUUUCUACCUUAAAAAGGAAUUAGAAAUGAACUUUUGUCAUAAUGAGAUUUGAGGGAUCAUUUUUUGUUGUUGCAAGAAGAGUUUCUGAGAAGACUGCUGGGGGAAAGACUGAUUUGGACUUUUAUCUGGAUUAAAAGGGUGGAACUGUGUACUGUCUGGAAGUGUGACUUCUCAUUUGAACCACGGCCGUGUCAAAGGACUUCCUUCUUAUCCUGUGAGAUGAAAUACUGUCAUUGUCAACAGCUGUCAACGUGACCUGUACAUACUGUUUGUUGAUAAGGUGACAGAAGCGAAGCCAAGAGAGCGGUUUCUCAUGUGUACAUACCACAGAUAGAUACGACCUCAAGCAUGGCUGAUUCCACCUACUGUCCUUGUAUGACUCUUUGAUUGUGUCCCAAAUGGUGCCCUAUUCUCUAUACAGUGCACUACUUUCCACCAGAGCCUUAUGGACCCUGGUCAAAAGUGGUGCACUAAAUAGGGAAUAGGGUACCAUUUGAGAUGCAGACCUUGUCUGCUGUUAUAAGACCUCUGUGUCUUUGGUUUAUCAUACCUGUUCUAUGUACUGGAUGUACAUCAUGCUAAUAGAUACCACCUCCAACGUUGCUGGCUUCACCAACUGUACUAGGGCGGCAGGUAGCCUAGUGGUUAAGAGUAUUGGGCCAGUACCCACGAGGCUGCUGGUUUGAAUCCCCGAGCCCCCUAGGUGAAAAUCUUUUGAUGUGCCCUUGAGCAAGGCACUUGACCCAUAAUGCUCCUGUAAAUUACUCUGGAUAAGGGUGUCUGUUAAAUGACUGAAAUGUAUUUGCCUCUGUAUGCUAAUACUGUAGAGAGGAUCUCUGAGUCGCCUGGUUAUUGUAUCUGUUCUGUCUAUGUCUAUAGAUGAGACUGUAUUGGUUAGAGAGAGAAACCAUCACAUCUCACCAGGAAGUCAACACAGUAUUUAUAUCACAGAGGUGAAUAGAGAUAGCAUGCAAACACACAAAGAACUCUUCUGUCACCAUCAUGCCAUACAAGCACCAAACACACACAGAACCUGGGAGUACAUAUACAGAACCUGGGAGUACAUAUACAGAACCUGGGAGUACAUAUACAGAACCUGGAAGUACAUAUACAGAACCUGGGAGUACAUAUACAGAUUCUGGAAGUACAUAUACAGAACCUGGGAGUACAUAUACAGAACUAUUGUCUCUACCAUGUUCUUUUAUUCAUGUUUUUUUUUUUUUAUCUUGUUCUUUAAUUGUUCAAUUGAUUAUUUAAUAAAUGGCAUAGAAAGGC